AUGCUGCCAUCGACAAGAGCAGGGCAGACUAGAAGAGAUGAUGAUCAAGCGGCUGCAGCUGCAGGCAAUGGUCAAGAGGAGGGUUGGCUCAUGCAGGUAGUUAGAAUCUUACAGUUAGCAAACCCAGCACUGACGGUGGAGGAAGCAAUAGUGUGGGUGAUGGGUCUUGUCACCAUUAGCAAUCAAACCCCACAAGGAGAGAUGGAAAAGAUUCCCAAGGAUGUCUUGAGCUCAAUUGCCCAUAUUAAGAAACUUAGCAAUAGCAACUGGCACACCUGGGAGCCUACCUUCAUCAACUGUCUGCAACAAGUAUGCAACAUGAAGGAAAUCCUGUAUGGCAAGAUAGCACUGGGAAGCAAGGGGUAUGAUGAGGACUUGGACAAGGCACUUGUAGGUCUUAUCCAUGCCUCCUGUGAUCACAGUCCAGAGAGCCACAUUGAUACAUACACUGUUAGGGGUGUGGAUGAAUGUGUCCAACUUGGUAGUACACUAUAUGCUAAGCUCAAGAAGGUGCUAAUGUUGAACAAUGUGGACCUCAAGAAAUCCACCCUAUACCAUUGCACAGCACAAGAUUGGUUCUAUGCCAACUCUGUUGAUGCUCUCAAGACAGCCAAACCAGAUUCAAAGAAGCAACAGGAUGGUGAGGUCACUGGCCAUAUUAGAGGAACAGCAAGGGUUGCCACAAGCAUGGAACAGGGGAGCACCAACCAGGUGGAGCAAGGACCCAGGGGCAGGCAUGAUCCUCACAACCCCUCGGCCCCUCCAAAGUGCUAUGCUUGUGGAGGACCUAAUCACAUUGCUUGGAACUGCACAAACACCAACAACAACCCUGCACCGAGUAUGGACAGACCCACCACCAAUCCAGCACAAGAAGCAAUGAUCGGCAGGGAUGAGCAACCAACAUCGGACACCUGGAUCAUCAAUUCGGGUGCUAUGCACCACAUGGUGAACAAUGAAAGAAUGCUGCUCACCUUGACAUGCAAGGAUGGUCAGAUCUGUACAGCUGGAAAUGAAAGGCUUCAAGUGAAGGCCAUAGGAGAUGCCUCCCUUCGGGUUGGUGAUGUAACCAUUCAACUAUUGGAUGUGCUCUAUGUGCCAAAACUUAAUUCUAAUUUAUUAUCAGUACAAGGCUUGAUUGAGAAUGGUGCACAGGUAACUUUCAAUGAGUUUGGAACCAUCAUUAAGCAAAAUGAUGGCACACAAAUACAAUACAAGAGGAACAGAAGAAAAGGGUGGUUCAAAGUACAGGGAAAGGCACUAGCCCUGGAGUUGGAAGAGACACUCAACAACGUCCCAGAGGACAACCAGAACACAGGAAAACUAGAUAAUGCCCCAGAGGGCAAUAAGGACAUGAAGCAUCGAGACAGCUACCUAUGGCAUGAGAGGUUCAGACACCCAGGACGAGACAAAACGAGACAAAUCCGGGCUCAUUACCUAGGUACCAACAAGGAAAUGGAACAUGAGUCGAAGUGCUGUAAUGCAUGCAGCCAAGGAAAACAGACUCGAGCAUGGAUGGGCCAAUCAGAGUCAGAAAGAAUGGAAGCACCAUUAGAGCUGGUACACAUAGACCUGAUGACAGAUUUCAAAGGACAUGCCAACUACCACUAUGCACUAGUUGCUGUGGACAACUUCUCCUCUCUGAUCUAUGUGGAACCACUCUGCACCAAGAGCACUGCACUCACAGUGCUGAGGAGGUGGAUAGCCAAGAUGGAAUGGGCAAUGGACAGGAAACUCAAAACACUCUGCAGCAACAAUGGAGGAGAAUGGUGCAGCAUAGCAGCUGAAGACUGGCAAACUCAAGAGGGUUUCAAGUGGCAAAAGAGCAUCCUGGGGAUCAGCAUCCAAAAUGGACAGGCAGAGAGAGCAAUCAGAGAGUUGUGGCCAUACACAAUCACAGCAGCAGCACAUGUGAUGAACCUCACCCCUUCAGCCACCAAGACCAUUCCCCAUGAGGCCUUUUACAGAACCACUGCACACAAACUGGCCCAACAGCUGCGAGUUUUUGGGUGCCUGGCAUGGGUCCAUGUUCAACGGAAGGACCAGCAAGGCAAGUAUGGGGCUAGAGCAAAGCCAGCCAUCAUGAUUGGGUAUGACGAUGAGCACAAAGCAUGGAAGUUCUGCAACCCAGACCAGCCCACAUCAAUUCAAUGGAGCAACUCAGCAAUGUUCCAUGAAGACAAAGGAUGGAGUGAUCGCCAGCAGGAGGCAUGCAAGCCCAUGGAAGUCAAGGAGGAGGGUGCUGCACCAACCACAGUGGAGGAGGAGACCAGAUCGGAGACCGUGGUGGAGGACCUUCUGCCAGCCAUGGACAGUGUCAGGGGUCUCGCGCCUGAAACCCAGGUCGGUCUGUCGAGAUAUUUGGUGACUAUCAAACUGUGCAACAGCUAUUGUCUCGGUAUUGGUCUCAAUGAGCUAGUCAUUCGGCAACUAUCAAGUUGUGUGAUGACAGUUGUGAUGACACCAAGGUCUGGUGUGAGUGUUGAUGAUGAUGAGGUCAAUGGUGUUGGUGAUAAGUUCUAUCUAUAUCCAGACCACUGGUUUGCUAUGAACUGCCUUUGGAUGUCAGGUAGUGGUGAUACAACACAUGCACUACAAUGA